AUGACACCAAGCAGUGGCUUCCUGAUUUUCUUGGUGUCCUCAGUAGCUGGAGCUGAUGUGUCGGCACUGGUGGCGGAAGCUCAAGACUUGAUCUCUCGCUUGGAAGCCUCUGUCGGUCAGAAAUUCGAAGGUCCUGACUUGAUAUCUUCACCACUUUACAGACAUUUGCAAGCCCUGACCAGUGAAGCCGAGAAGUUGUUUCCAGCUCCGCUUCAGCCCGAGAGCAAUGAUCGUUCCGAGCAUUCCGAAGCUUCGCCUGCACCGUCUAAUGAAGUCUUUCCAGUAACAGUUCCUCCUGCAGAAGCGGGCGAAGCAAGUGAAGCGGGUGAAGAGGGUGAAGCGAUGGGAGAGGUGGAAGCAGAGAUUUGGGGCGAGGAAGAAGAGGAAGAAGAGUUUACACCUGUGGAUGUUGGUUGCAGUUGGACUCUGAUUGGGUCCCUGUUCUUCACCAUGGUGAUGUUCUACUUCGUGAACUACCCAGACGACGACAUCAAGAGAUAUACUUGGUCCAUCAUCAAUACUACUCUGUCCAUCUUCACAGCGGUGUUGACCUUUCAGGGAAUUGAUGAUCUUGUCAUGCAUGUUGCAGUGACUCCUGUUUUGGGCGCCUUCCCUUCUGGCUGGAGACAAAUUGCAAGAGUUAUGAUAGGUUUUGUGAUUUUUCUUGCGUGGUAUGUUUUUGCACUUCUUGCUAUUGCUCUUGCCUCUGGUAUGUUCAAACAAGAUGAUGAUGCUCAGAAUGGUAAGAUGUGGGUGAUCUCGGAUUUCAUGCGAGGAGAUCAUGGCACCACCAUCAAACAUUCUCAACUGGUGCAGGGUUGUCGCUCCAAGGGCAUUGCCGCGGUAAAUGGUGUGGAGGUCUUCGUGGCGAGCCGUGCUGUGGUCCAUGAGAGCUAUGAAACAAGGACCAAGUGCUGGUCAACGCUCUUCGCCCACAUGGCCGGAUUUGCGAUGAUCAGUGCUGGGGGCGAUCUACAGAAUGCCCCCUUCUUCUCUGACCAGCCAGCUACCAGCUGGUUGGCAAUUCUGGUUUGCAUCUUCUUCCUGAUUGGCAUUUUCAGCCUUUCUGAAUUACUUUAUGCAAGACACCGUGGAUCUGAGUCCAAGGCGUUGUUCGUUGAGGGGAGCAUUGAGGCUGAAGAUGAUAUCAUUUGCUUAGCCGUGUCCUUCAUGAUGGUUCAAUCCAUGCGCUUUACGAUCACAGGAACUCUACCAUCCAAACUCGGACUCUACCACAAGCAGGAAACCGAAACAGCGCAAACUGAGGGCCUUUAUGUUAUGGGUGUUCUUUCCGCCGUCAUGAUGGUCGUGGCGGCUAUGGGAAUGUCUCGCAGUCGGGUAAAGAAUUUGGUGGUUGGGACCUUCUCCAUGGGUUUUGCUUGGGCCUUUCUUUUUGCGACUCGUUCCCUCUUCGAUUCGUGGAGUUUCCUGCAGAGCAGGAAGAUCUCGCCCUUGACCAUUGAGGGACGCAUCGUGCUGGCUAUGACGCUGUCACUGUUCGCCUGCAUGAUCAUCGUUAUCCUCGACAGGUUCGAAGAUAAUCUUCAUGAUGAUGCUGAUGACAUACACAAAGCCCUGAAGAACAUCAUCACAGGCCUUAGUAUCUUGAUAGGUUUUACAUGGGAGCACACCUUUGAUGGGUGUGUGGAAGCAAUAUCAUCCUUAUUCUCAGAUCCUUUGGCAAUCAAACUCUUCCUCACCUUCCUCAUCGUGCUCAUUGUAGUUCCUGCCUGGCGGAAGUACAUUUUGGCAAAGGUGGUCCAUUUGGAGAAAGCCCGACGCGAACAAAAGGAGGCCAUGGAUGGCGACUCUACAGGUCGGCCGGAUGGUUCCUCCAGCGAGGAGGAAUCAUCCACCAAGCUCCUGUGUUAG